GGAAAUUUUCUAGCGUUGGAGUUGUUUGGACUGUGGUUUGCUUCGCGUUCUGGCUUAGGAUAUUCAGUUAUUGGGGGGGCCAAGCGUCUGAGUGGGAUUACUAACUGCCACACAUACCGGUACUGUACGCAAAUACUCUUUAGAUGCUUAUGAUUGAAUGUUUCUGAAUGAAGAUUGUCAAGUUAUAGUAAAGUUGACAUCGAUCUGCGGAAGAUAAAUACAGAAAUAUGCCACAACUAAAGGAAUAUCAUCCUGGCGAUCUUAUUUUUGCUAAAAUGAAGGGUUAUCCCCAUUGGCCUGCAAGGAUUGAUGAGUUACCUGAAGGAGCUGUCAAACAUCCUGCUAAGAAAUAUCCAAUAUUUUUCUUUGGUACUCAUGAAACUGGAUUUCUCUCAGCUAAAGAAAUAUUUCCUUAUGAACAAUAUAAAGCAAAAUAUGGAUUACCUCGAGGCAGACCUGGUUUUAAUGAAGGAUUAUGGGAAGUGGAAAACAAUCCCACUGUCAAGUUCAGGGGAGCUGGAGGCAGUACUGAAGAGGCUACAACUGCAGAGGGAAGUGAUGAGGGGGAAGAAGAAGAAGAAAUUUCAGAUGAAGAACCUGUUAUUACAGAGAAGAAAACUAAGAAGAAGAAAUCUGCUCCUGAUGCUACAGCAGGAAGUUCAGAGGAAGAAGAUUUUGAUGCAGAAUCUUCUCCAGAUCCAGAUACAAGUGAAGAUGAGGACUUUGCUGCUGAAGCUGCAAAAGGAAAAGGAAAGAAAAGAGGAAGGCAGAGUAAACAUUCUGUGGAAGAUGAUAGUUCAGCCCUUUCAGAUUCUGACAGUGAUGCACCAGCAAAGCCUCCACCUCCUAAGAAAAUUAAAAUCAAAGCUCCUGCUAAACCAAGGGAAAAGAAAACUUCAUCUGAAAAAAAACCAAGACAAAGGAAGGCCCCAACAAAGAAACCAGCGCCUGACGAAUUGUCCAAUGCAAGCAGUUUAUCUAGCGACAGUGAUGAUAGUGAUAAAGAAGAUGCAGUUUCGGCAUGGAAAAAGAAGGAUGAAGAAAGGAGGAAAAAACAGGAAGAGAGGGAAAACAAAAGAAGGAAAGAUGAUGAACAGAGAAUGAAGGAAAUUGAAAAAGAAGCAGAAAGACGACAACGUGAAGAAGAACAAGAGCAGAAAAAGGAGGAAUCUGAUGUAUCAGAUGACGUACCUGUUGUCAUUCCAAAGAAAAAACACAAGAAAAAAGAAGAGAAAACUAAAUCACCUCACGAAAAAAAGAAACACAGGGAAAAAGAUAAAAAGAAAGAGAAAAAACACAAGCGAAGAAGUUCUGAGGAAAAGAAAGAAUCUAAAAUAAAAAUCAAGGCCCCACCUCCUCCAAAGCCUGAUCACGAAAAAGAAAAUAAACAUAAAAAGAAUAAACGAAACAGUGAAGUUAUGCAAGAUACACCCAAACAUGAGAAACAAGCUUCAAAAACAGAAUCAAUUGAUAAACAUGCAAAGAAGAAGCAUGCUCAUAUCACAUCCACUGUUUCGCCAACAGCUCAAUUGGAAAAGUAUGAGAUUGAUUUGAAAGCUGCUUUGACAAUGGAAAAUCCUGAUGUUCCAAAAGCUAUAAACAUAUUAGAUGCAAUUGAUCAGUACCCUGUUACAAUAUCUCUGCUGCAGAAAUGUCAUUCACUCGUGUCAACGGUUAAAAAGGUCAGAAGAUAUAAAGCCAGUCCAAAACUGAUGGAUAAAGCUGCAACAGUUUACAAUCGAUUUAAAAUAAUUUUCUGCAAGUUGGAUAAUGAUGCUGCAUUAUUAGCUCAAGCUAAGAAAAAUACAGAGAUACCGAUAUCAGAACCGACCACAGAAAAUAAUAUGGAGACAGAUGAACCUAAGAAUAACAAUAACAAGGUAGAAAUAGUUGAUGAAGGGGAGGAGCCUGCCGUCGUCGCAGAAGCUGAAACCAUAAAUGAAGAAAGAGCUGAUGAAAACACAGAAUCACACGAGGCUUCAACAGAAGUGUAGCAGAUGCAUGUUGUAAAUAUUUCACUCAUCGAGGUCUCGAUUACAACAUAAAAAGAAGAUAUCUCUUUUGCAACAACUUUUCGGAGAGUUAAAUUGACCAGUGACUGUCGGCAUCGUUGCCGAAAUUUUUAGAAAGGUCCCGUUUUCUGUCGAACUAUGGAGGGAGGUGGUUGGAUACGUUCAGAAAUUUAUAGGCAAAACUUUCUUUAUAGUUUAAUCAAUUCUGAUGUGUAGUUCUGGAAAGAUGGUGAUGUGACUUGUAAAAUUUAUAGCAUUUAUGUCACUGAAAAUAUUAUUUGUUUUGCAAGACUAUAAGAACUGUGUUGUUUUCUGCCUUUGAAUCGCAUUGAUUCUCAUCUUAGUUGAAGACGACAACGUGUUUGUAACAAUCAUUUAAAAUCGAAAGCUCAGCCUGAUAGUAUGUUUUGAUGAGCUUUUUAUUUAUAUUUAAUAUUUUUUGAAGUCUUUUCGAUUUUGCUGCUAAUCAUUCCUAAUUACUAGGUACAAUAUAAAAUCUGGAACAUUGCCAAUAAAUACAAAAUUAAAAUUUAUGAGCAUUAACAUCUUUCCCAUGCUAGUAA